AUGGGUGACGAAAACAACCCUGCGGCAAAGUUUCAAGCUGGCAAGUGCUUCGGGAAGUUCAAGAUCGUACGGAAGUUGGAUCAAGGAGGAUUUGGGCAUGUGUACUUGGUCGAGCACAAGGAGGACAAGAGCAUGCAAGCGGCGCUGAAGGCGGAACCAAACGAUGUGGAAGGCGGAUCGGCAAUCAAAUUGGAGAUCUCCGUGCUGCGAGGCCUGAACAAAGAUGGGUCAAAGUCACACAUCCCGCUCGUCAUGCACGCCGCGAAACACGCAAAAUUCAGCUACAUGAUCAUGACGCUCCUUGGGGAAAACCUAAAGAACUUGAAGCUCGAAUGCCGCGGAGAAUUGAUGUCAGCCGGAACGUGGUCGCGCAUCGGAAUUCAGUGCCUAGCCGCCAUCAAACAAGUUCACGACUUCGGAUACGUGCAUCGCGACAUCAAGCCCAACAACUUUGUCAUGGGACACAAGGAGGACAUGGAAAGGGCUCGAAUGGUCCACAUUCUCGACUUCGGCCUUUCGCGCGCUUACGCUUUCAAGUCAAUAAAGGAUCCCACAAAAUGGGUUGCAAGACGAGCACGUGGAUCGGCCGAAUUCCGAGGGACUCUCCGCUACUGCAGCCCUACGGUGCACGAGAGGCUUGAACAGGGACGAAAAGAUGACCUUUGGAGCCUCUUCUACGUUCUCAUCGAACUCCACUGCGGUCUCCCUUGGCAGACGGUGCGCGGCAAAAAGAAGAUCGAGCUGAUGAAGAUGCAGAUGCCGGACGCCGUCCUAUGCCUCAACUUCCCAAAAGAGAUGCACAAGAUCGUGCCCUACUUGCGAACGCUCGACUGCUACAGCCGCCCAGACUACACGAUCUUCUACGAUGGACUUAUUGGUGUGAUGAAGUCCCGGAAAGUGAAAUGGUCGGAUCCCUACGAUUGGGAGCAGAAAAACAUGGAACGACUCAAGAAAGUGCUCGACGCGCAGAAGAAGCCGCCAACGUGGGAGGAUUUAACAACUUUCUUCAAGGAUGAUCCACUAGGAAUUGAUAAGGCUCCCACCAUCGAUAACGAGGAAUGGAGGGAACUGGUGACUGAGGAGCCGAGCAAGACAUCCAAGUCGCAGACGCAAUACACAAAGGAA